AUGGUGGCAUACGGCUGGGAACGCGGCCGCACCUCCUCUCACAUCCACACCAAGCGCCUGCACGACGCCCUGCAGAAACACCCCGUCAUCCGCAUCGGCCCCAACUGGCUUUCAUUCGGCCGGUCACAGGCCGCCAAGGAUAUCUACGGGUACGCAUCCAAGUGCGUAAAGGGCGGCGCUUACGAUCUCCUGGCGGCGGGCGGGAGGAACCUCAAUAACAUCAGCGACAAGCCUUUCCAUUCGGGAAGACGCCGUAUGGUGGCUGCGUUCUAUGCGCCGAAGAACCAGGAGGAAUGGGAAUUUAAGGUGGCGGACUCGGUGCGCACGCUUAUGGAGCAAAUGGAUCGCCGGUGCACCGAGCCGCAUGAUUUGCAGGUCGUGCGCCAGGAGGAGCUUGCUUUCGAUGGGGUGUAUUGGAUCUUCCUGUAUGCUGCUGAGGCCGUCACCAAGAUCACCAUGAGCAAGGACCUUGGCUUCCUGCGCAAUGGAAAUGAUUCCAUACGCUUCAAGGAUGACGAGGGCAAGAAUUACUGCGUUCCCAUGAUUCAGGAUAAUCAUGCCGUCGGGCGUGCUGCCGCCCCUCUUCUCUUCGACGUCGAAAACUUCGCUCUGUGGCAGAAGUUGGCCAAUCUAUUCUCCAAGAAGUUUGCCGAGAACUGGCAGAAAGGCGUCAACUUCCAUUUGGCCAUAGAGGCUCUUACCAAGGAGAGAAUGGAACGCUCUGCAAAUGGCGAGAUUCUCAAUGACCUCUGCCAGCCGAUGAUCGAGGAUAGAAAGGGAGAUGGUGCAGAUAUCACGAUGAAGGACCGUGUGGCCGAGAUUGAGCAAGCCUUGGGUGCUGGAACUGAUGGCCCGGCUGUGUCCAUCUCAAUGGCCCUCUACUAUCUAGUCCGCUACCCCCACACCUUCGCCAAACUCCGCGCAGAGCUCGACGAAGUUCUUUCACUAGACGACAUCGUAACCCCCUGGUCCAAGAUAAAAAACCUCCCGUACCUGCGCGCCUGUAUCGAUGAAGGAAUGCGCCUGGCGCCUCCCGUCGCUACCGACCUCAUGCGCCGAACGCCGCCCGAGGUAACCACAAUCAUCGACGGCAACCUCAUUCCGCCGAAUACCAAUGUGUCCAUAUCGGCGUACACCGCUCACCGAGACCCGACCGUGUUCGAGGAUCCCGAGGCGUACAAUCCGGAUCGCUGGCUGGCCAAGGGUUCUGAACGCCUGAAGGAGAUGCUUGCCGUCUACAUUCCUUUCAGCGCGGGCACCCGUGGUUGUAUUGGUAAGAAUGUGACCAUUGUGAUACAGGCCGUCUGUCUCGCGACUCUGGUAUAUCGGUAUGAGUUUUCAUUGCCGCAUCAGGGGUGGGAGAUGGAGUAUGAAGAAUGGUUCAACCUCUGGCCGUUGAGUUUACCCCUGAAGGUGUGGAGACGAGGCCCUGCGUCGUUCACUAAGGCUCAAUCAUCGUGA